UGUAAACACGUGUAAUGAUUCAACAUAAAAGCAUUAAUACUAUCGUAAGACAAUGUUACAAAUGAGAUAAUAUUUUUAUAUAAAACGUUACGAAUAAUUGUGCUCACAUAAGUUUUUCUGAAGCCACCAAGUACGAAUCAUCAAAAUGAAAUACUUCGUCGUGUUAGCCCUUUGCGUCGCUGCGGCGUCGGCGUUCGCCAUUCCCCCCGCGGUGAGUGGUGCGGACGCGGCUGAGAUUCAGCAGAUCAUCGACGCCAUCUACCACCCGAGCACUGACCCCGCCACCGCUGCCGCCCUCGAGCAAAUGCUCCUCGAGAUCCUCGGCAUCAACAAUCCCGUCGUCGUCGAGGACUCCAUUUUACCAGAGCGUCCCCCCAUCCACGUCGGGCCCGCAAUCAUCGACGACUCCAUCGUCUCUGAACCCGCCAACUACCGCCCUCCUCUUGUGCAAGUCAUCGUAAACGUCAACGCUGAUGCACCUCAAGACGCAGUUGUCGUAGAACAGAAUAAACCCCAAUUCCCUGGAGUCGUGGCUGUACCGCUCCCGGCAUUCAUCAAAUAGGCGAAUACUGCAAAAAAUACGGCGAUAACCAAAUUAUGUCAAUGGCUACCUACAUAUUCAAAAGAAAUAAAUAAAGGACUACUAUAAUA